AUCAGAUGCUUCAAAUGAAAGAAGGACGCGUGAGUAGAGUGGCAAACUGGCGAUCCCAUUCCCGUUUCCCACCGACGACGCAGUCAAAAGGGGCAAAAGACAAUUUCCAAGUGAAGCUGAGGAAACACCGUGGGGAGCAGCCAUGGUGUCACCAACGUCGCAGCAGCAGCAGAUUAUGAUGCUGAGGAAGCUUCUAAUGGCGGCGGCUGUACUUCUAAUGGCGGCGGCUUCCGUUCCCGGCGUCGGUGCUUGGACUGGCGAAAUCCGUGGAAGAGUUGUUUGUGAUGUGUGUGGGGAUUCCUCCAUUGGGCCAGAGGAUCACGUCUUGGAAGGUGCUGAAGUAGCUGUUCUGUGCAUAACCAAGUCAGGGGAAGUAGUCAACUAUCAAGCAUUUACAAAUGCCAAAGGGAUGUACACGGUUGCAGAAACCAUGUCCGAAAGCGACCGUUGGGAUGCAUGCUUGGCCAGACCUAUAAGCAGCUUUCACGACCACUGCAACCAACUGGGGCCUUCUAGCAGAGGACUGAAGUUCAGUUACAACAAGCCAUCCGGAUAUUCUCACAGCGUUAGACCAUUUGUGUAUCGGCCUUCUAACGCUCCAACAUACUGCUUGUAGAUGAUACCCCAACAUCAUAACUUAUUAUCACCAGAAGCUAAAUUAUUUGGAAGUUUUACAUCUUGAUCUCUGCUAUCUAGUAGAUGUACUUUAGUUUACUCUGAUCUAAUUUGGAUUGUGGUGUUAUAAGCUGGCACCAGUCUUGUUGUGGUACUGGUGGUUGGUGGAUGGCGCGGGCGGAGCGGAGCGAGUUUCUCAAUAUUCAUAUUCACUUUGUACCAAGUGUUGGUCAGAUCGGAUAAUACUCACGUUGCUAAUGGGUUAGAAUGGGGCAAGUUGACUAGUUGUCACAUUAUGUGAAGAAAGAAAAAUA